AUGGCGAAACAAAGGUUGACGGCCUUGGAUAUACGUGCGAUAAUCACCCUGUGCAAAAACAUCCUUGUCGGAUGUGUAGUAACGAACAUUUAUAACAUCUCCAACAAAAUUUACGUUUUAAAAUGCUCGAAAAAGGAGCAGAAGUAUUUUUUCCUAGUGGAAGCUGAAAAGAGAAUCCAUAUAACAGAAUGGAAAAGGGAAAAAGAUGUGAUGCCAUCGGCAUUUACUAUGAAGUUAAGGAAGCAUUUGAGGUCUAGAAAAAUUACCAACAUAAGCCAACUGGGAGGAGACAGAGUCGUUGAUAUUCAAUUUGGCUUCGACGAUAAAGCAUGCCAUCUUAUUGUGGAGUUAUACAUUGCUGGAAAUAUUAUCCUCACAGACAAUAACCAUAAAAUACUGUCCAUUUUGAAGAGCAAUGAUGCUAUCGGAAAGAAAUAUAAAAUAAAUGAUGUGUACAAUGUAGAAGAACACACAUCCAUCUUGCUGCACAAAAAUUUGGAGAUAAUCGACAUAGAAAAUGUAAAGAAGAGUAUCAACGAAAUGAUGCUUCUUUAUAACGAAGUCACCCUUGAGGAUGUUUCUUCCAUAUCGAAGGAUGUAGUAGUUGAUGAGGGGCGUACUGGCGCCAUGUCGCAUGAGUUUCAAAAUGGCCAAGUGGAAGAUACGAAUGUGGGGUUGGCACAAAAUAAAGCAAUUUUUGGUGAACGCGCCAAGGGUGUGGACGAAAAGGACACAGUCAGCAAAAAGGACACAGUGAGCAAAAAGGCCACGGUCAGCAAACAGAGGAGUGACAAUAAUAAUGGUGUUAGGACACAAAAGGGAACUGUAAAGAAUGGCGGUGAGGAAGAAGCACACCGAGGCAGUGAGGGUAAAGCAAAAAAUAAGGGGAACAGCAACGCCAAAUUGAAAAGCGCCAAACAUGUGGAGGAUAAAACAUCGGCAAGUUUGAACAACAGCUCGAAUAAAAAAAUCAGUACCCCCAUUGGUAGCGAUAAUGAGAAAAGUAAAAAGAUGAAGAAGCUUAAAACGUUGACUGAUUUAGCCAGCAAGCUUAUUGUGUUUGCUCAUAGCGAUUUAAUUAUCCAUUCGUUAAUCGCAUGUGAUGUGAACCCCUCCGAUUCGUUGGAGAAAUACAGCUUGAGUGACUUGGGCCAGAUUUUGUUCAAAGCGAUAAAUGAGGCGCUAUGUGUGCUGAACAGUUUUAGCAUCGAGGGGAGUUGCGUGAAGGGGUACGGCUUUGUCCCGAGGGGUAGUGCAAAAUGCGAAAAGGGAACAAAAGCGGAAAAGAAUAAAACCGACGGUGGGGGUGGUGAAGGGAAAAUUGAAGCCAAGACGAAUGAUGACAAAGGAGCAGUCAAGGAGGAAGACAAAAAUGGGGAAGUGAUCGCAUUUACAGAGUUUUCCCCAAUCAUUUUGAACAAUCAUAAAAAUAAAGUGGAGGAAAAUAAAUUGGAGGUCAUUAAUUUUGAUGACUUUAACAAAUGCGUAGAUACCUAUUUCAGUAGAAUGGAAUUGUCCAAGUACGACAAACAGCAGGAAGUGAUUAAGAUUAAAAAAUCUCUUACUAAAAUGGAUAAAAUUAAGUUAGACCAUGAAAGGAGAAUUGAACAGUUAGAGAAGGAAGUUAGUUCGUUGAAGAAAAAAAUUUCCCUAAUUCAAAUGAACGACGAAUUGGUUGAGCAAGCCAUACAGUUAAUGCGUGCCGCGGUGGCGACGAAUGCCAAUUGGGAAAAAAUCUGGGAGCAUAUUAAGCUUUUUAAGAAGCAGAAUCAUCCCAUAGCAUUGCGGAUUAGCUCCGUGAAUUUUAACAACUGCGAAAUGGAGUUGCUGUUAGAUGAUGAAGAGGCAACCGAACAGGGAAGCGAUGACCUCUCUAGUGAAGCAAACGAACAGGGAAGCGACGAUCCAUCCAGUGAGGCAAACGAACAACAGUCAAAAGGGAAAGCAUCCAACAGGGAGGUUGCAACAAGAAGCAGGUUUGCAGUUACCAUAAAUUUAAACAACUCUGUGUAUGGAAAUGUAGAAGAUUAUCAGAAGCUGAGAAAGAAGGCAGAAGAAAAAAUCAGGAAAACAAAAAUAUCCACCAACUUUGCUGUAAAAAAAGUGGAAAAAAAAAAGAAAAAGAAAAUAAACAGAAGGGAAAACAUAACAAGACAAAGAGUCUACUGGUUUGAGAAGUUCCACUGGUUUAUCUCGUCGGAAAAUUAUUUAGUCAUUGCUGGGAGGGACGCUCUGCAAAAUGAAAUUUUGUUUAGGAGGUAUUUCCAAAAGAAUGAUAUUUAUGUGCAUGCAGAUAUUCAUGGUGCUUCGACAUGUAUUAUCAAAAAUCCGCAUAAGGACAUCCCCAUUCCGGAGAAAACCCUGUCCGAGGCUGGCCAGCUAGCCAUUUGUAGAAGUUCUGCAUGGAAUAAUAAAAUUAUUACUUCGGCUUGGUGGGUGCAUUACCAUCAAGUUAGCAAAUCAGCCCCAGCAGGGGAAUACUUAAAAACGGGGUCCUUUGUAAUCAGGGGGAAGAAGAAUUAUUUGCCGCACGUCAAGCUGGAAAUGGGAUUGUGUAUAAUUUUUCAGGUGGACAAUGCUGCGCUGGACAAUAACGAGGAAAACAAUUUGGACGACACGCAGAGGAGCUUCGAAAAUGAUGGUGAGAAGAGGAGCAGCGACGGAGAUCACGCAGUUGUGGGGGAUGCCGUUGUGGGGGAUGCCGUUGUGGGGGGUGCCCCUAUGGAUACCUGCACCGGAGAGGGUUGCACCGGAGGGGGUUGCAUCCAAGCUGGUAAUCCUUACACUGGUCCAACGGAAGGAAGUUUCAUCCCUGCGACAGUUCUUACGAAGGGUAGACCCCCACACAACAGUGGUAGUAUAUCCGCCGAAUGUACCUCCCCUUCGGCAUCGAACAUGUGCUUCGAAUUGCAGGAUGCCCCAGAAGGUAUAAAGAAUGCGAAUUGUGUGAACAGGUGCGUUGCGUCAAUUGUGCCAUGUAGGGGGUAUUUAAAAAGGUGUGAAAGGAAGAAGAGACAUUUAUACAACCAUUUUGUUGGCUUCUUCCUUCCAGACAGAAAUAGAACAAAUCUGUUGAAUCAGAAUUUUGAGAAAAAGUUCGACCAGGUCUUUCCCAUUUUGGAAAAAUUAGGAAUCGUGUACAGUUACGAUUAUGCUAUUGUGAAAGGGUUGUUAAGAUGGGUAGCAUCCAAUUUGUGCUCCGAUGAACAUAAUUACAGAGCAGUAUUUAAGUCCCUCAUACGUAGCAGAAAUGGGCAUUUAUCAAAAUGCGGUAUGUGCACCGCUGGGAAGAGGGCUUACAAAAGGUUGCUAUUCAUAAUUUACAAAAUCUGCAUGUAUUUCUUUCUAGAUACUUAUUACCCCUUUUUGAAAGAGUACACGUCGUUGGGGGAUUCCACUUUGGAAGAAGCUUUCCCCAUUUUGAACCCAUUUUUUAGAAGGUUAAAAAAUGCUAUAACUUUUUUUGUUUCGCAUAAAGGGUUUGCACAGAAGGGCAGUUACACAUGUCUCAAUUUAUAUUUAGAAGGAAUCCCAAGUAUGGCGUGCACUGGUAGGCAUGAUGGCUCGUUUGACGGAUUGGGAGGUUGUACGAGGAUGGUUAGUAAUGGGAUGGAAUUGAAGAAGUUUUUUUCUCCUAGCUUUAGGAAUGGAGGGUCACCCGAAUGGCUUGAGAAUAACUGUGUAAAGGAUUAUUUAUGCGAAAGGGGAAAAAAACGGAUCCCAUUUAUUUUUGUCGAGUGCAUGGUGUACGGGGCGCCCCCCCCAGUGGCCUUCAAAGAUGAGGACCCAAAUGAUUCAGAGUCGGAUAAGAAAGUAAAGGAGGAACUGGUCGACCACCCAUCGGUAAGUAGCCAUGAUGAGAAGAGAGAGUAUAACGAAGGGGAGGAGAAGACAAAAAAAGUUUCCUUUGUAAGGGAUGAUGGUGAAGAAGGUCCCAAAUUGGUAAGACCCGCGAGGUCGCGCAAGGCUACAGGGUUUGUAAAAAUGGACAUGAGUAAGCUGCUCCAGGAGAUAGAGGAGGAAGAGCAGCAGGAAGGAGAAGAAGUAGGAGGAGGGGUAGAGGCAACCAAGGAGACAGGCACCUCCACCAAAGUUACGCUUUGCGAAGCGGGGGAGAGAAGGGGUGAGAAAAAAAGCGUCACAUUUACGUCAGAGGAUGAGUCGGCUGGUGAUGCAAAACAACCCUCGUUGAAUGUGCCUAGGCCAGUAAGGUCACGCAAACCCACGGGCUUCGUCAAAAUGGAUGUAAGCAAGUUGUUGGAGCAGAUAGGGAAUGAACACAGUUUUGAGGAUGCGGGAGAGGCGAGUGAAGCGAGCGCGGUGAGCCAGGUGACCCUUGUGAGUAAUUCAAAUAUCGAGAUUAAGGAGGACGGAGCCAAGCAAGAACGGACAAAUGUGACGUUCAGCGAGAAUUCGCGUAGACCCAGUAUAAGAAAAAAAAGCGUGUCUUUCAGUUCUGAGGAUGAACAUAUCUACGUCGAAAGGCAAGAGUCGCUCACCAUGCCGAGGCCGGUUAGGUCGCGAAAGCCCACAGGUUAUGUCAAGAUGGAUGUUAGCAAGUUGCUGGAGGAGAUAGAGAAUGAAGAGAAGUCCGACGGGGCGGGUACAGAUGGUGCAUCUGGUGCAGCUGAUGAAGCGGGUGUUUCUGGCGAUACGGACGAAACGAGCCUUGCGAACCAUGUGAAUGGUCUCCAUGCAGAGGACGAACAUAAGGAGGAGACACCAAAAGUGACGUUCGCCGAGGGUGCACUUAGUACCGAUUUGAAGAAAAAAAGCGUGUCCUUCAGUUACGAAGAUGUUUAUAUGCAAGGCGAGAAAAAUGAAUCGAUGAAUGCGCCCAGGCCAGUGAGGUCGCGCAAACCCACAGGCUUCGUCAAAAUGGAUGUUAGCAAGUUGCUGGAGGAGAUAGAUCUUGAAGAGAAGUAUGACGAAGGGCAGGAAGACACAGAAAAAAUGGAACCACAAGGGGUGAAAGGCACUGACAUGACUCCAAGUGAUGAUCAAAAGGAAAAAAAAGUUACCUUUACUCCGCAGGGUGGAAAAUCUGUUUCUGUGAAGGAACCAAUGUCACCGAGCUUUUCCAGACCGGCCAGACCUCGCAAAGCAACUGGUUUUGUCAAAAUGGAUUUGAGCAAGCUGCUGGAGGAUGUGGAAGGGGGAGAGGAGCACGGAGGGGAGAAUGGCGGAGACAGAAGUAGUGACGCAGGGGCGGCACCACAAGGGAAGAAAGAUUUCGAUGGUGACAACGAUGAUGACGACGACAAUGACGACGACGAUGAUGAUGGAGGUGGAGAAGAAGGAAGCUGUCAGGAAAGCGAGGAAUCGGACGAGAGCGAGGAAUCGGACGAGAGCAACCAAUCGGACGAGAGCGACCAAUCGGAUGAGAGCGACCAAUCGGACAGCGAUGACCAAACGGAUAGGGAUGGAGGGGACAGCGACAGUGAUGAUAGCCAUGAUGGAAACGUACAAUCCAGUGGAAAUAAACGUAGGGAAAAAGGAAAUAAUAAAAAGGGAAGUCAUGAAGAAGGGACGAAUGAGGGGAAUGGGGAUGACCAAAAUGGGGAGAGAAAAUGUAGAAAUAAUUCAAAUAAACAGAGUGAAAAUAAGGCCAAAAAAAAUGCCAUAAAGGAACAAAGUGUUUCUGCUAACCACGGAACUGUGAAGGACCAAAAAAAGGAUAAGGUAAUAAAGUGGUAAAUGAAGAAAAAGUACCGGGAACAGGAUGACGACGAUGAGGAGAGGCAGCUGCACAUGAAGAUAAUUGGGGCAAGAAAGAUGAAGCACGAGACGGAGAAGGCAAAAGUAGAGAAGCUGGAGAGUAAGGCGACGGAGCAGGAAAACAAAUAUAAGAGCCCCAAAGAAGUCACAAUCAAUUUUGAGGAAAUAAAUGAGGAAGAAAUGAAGGACAAAAUGAGCGAAUUAAAGAAAUUGGUGUGCACCCCCAAGGAAGGAGAUAACUUGGUAUUUGCAAUUCCGAUGUGUGCUCCUUAUUCAGCCAUUCAGAAUCAAAAAUACAAAGUGAAACUGAUCCCCGGAAAUGCAAAAAAGGGGAAAGUUGCCGAAUCGUGCAUUUCGUACUUCCUGAAAAUGUCAACAGAAGAAAAGGAAAAGGAGCUCAUCAAAAAUAUAUCGGUGGACGAACUGGGAAAUUGCAUUAUAACGAAUUCGACCCCAGAUUUGAAGGAGUUAAAACCGGCUACGAAGCACAAUUUUGUGCAAAAGGGGAAGGGAAAAAAGGUGAAAUGA